AUGCGCCAUGCUUCUCAGCUGAGCAGAGGGCUUGCAGAAGCAGCCCGUUCCAUAGAGAAGCCACACAUCCCUCGACAUGUUCCGCUUCCCUCGUCCAGCUACAGUGGUGUGGCCCAGGCUUCGGUCAAGCUCUCUCCGCCGAAUUCAGCUGCCUAUGAAAAAGAUUUCUCCCCGGCCGCCGCACUACAAAACAAUGGCCAAACUCACAAGACAUCCGUGGCAGCUGAGUCUUCCCACAAACCUUUCUCUCAGCGCGGACCUGAAGCCAAAGCUGGCUUUCAAGGUAGCCAUGGUCCGCAAGCAGCGUUGCAAUCCAAGCGACAAGACGAUGAUUCGUCUCAACUCACGGAUUCUGUUCAACCGAUCGACUCACAUUCCUCUCUAAUAUCAACGCAGCGGAAGCAAGGACUCUCUCUAGCGAACGGUCAACGCAAACCUGGAGAUGUCCGUGUUCAGAUCCGCCCUCCUGUUAAGCAUCAACCCGACCUUGGCUCGAAGAGUAGCGUCACAGUUCAAACCAAAUUAAAGUUCUCCGACUCGACCAAAGUGUUCAACAAUGCCAUCUGUUCCAGACAUACAGAUGCUAGUCGCGGAUUGCAGAAAGUCACAGCAGCGUAUCCACAUCUCAGCGAGCCUCAGGCAAACUUACUGCUGCAAACUUUGGACCAGAUGGAAUCACUGCGUUCGUAUACUCCUAGUGCUGCUCUUGCGUGGUAUGAGGACUUUGUUUGGACAGCCGAACGCCAAUCGCAAGGUUUAGAAAGGAUUGAGACGCCCGAAAGCCUUUCUCUACUGCUUCGAUAUGCCUAUUCAAGAAACGACUUACGCUCCUUACUUCGAAUCGAAAGCCGAGCGGCGCGGAUGACAUCGAUCAUAAGGCGGUCUUGCGUCAAUGUUUUCACCACAGAUCCAACACCCAAGGCAAUCGGCGGAUCUGAAAUAGACGAUGUCUCCAUCUGGCCAAGCUGCAACGAGGAUCCUAUUGUUCUGGCGUACAAUCUAAAGAUAGCUUUCGCAGCCAGAGAGGGCAACUGGGUCAAAGUAGAGGAGCUUCUGAACGGCACCAAUCUCGCUAGCGCGGCCUAUUUGCAAGCUCCUCAAAGUCGAAACGGCUCAGGUCCUGCAAAACGCUCGGGAUCCUUGUUGAAUGCGAUAGGGUGGGGUAGCUUGCUUCGCUUCGGCUUGUGCAACGUGAAGAGUAUCAAGCCUGGCCGUCUUUCAGCUCUGCACGAGCCAAUGGGCAGCUCAACAAACCCGCCGCUACUGCACAACAUCGAAGAUGAACACGCGCACAAGGGCAUACAGGACGAAGCGUACAUGCAGGCAAAGCUUUCGGUGAUUAAGCGUCUGUUACCAGAUCUUGUUCGCUUCUCGAGCAAAUCGAUCAACAACAGCAAAUUCGAUAAGGUCACUUCGGCGGAUGCAUCGCAUGUUACCACUGCGAGUGCUGGGGGGGAAAAGACGCCAGCUUGGCUUCUGCGAUCUGUCCUAACACAGCUCGCCGAAAGCGGUGAAGUGGCGUCCACCCUGCGGAUUGUGCAGCUUGCGGUUUCUGAAGAGUUGACUGCAAUCCAACCCACCUCGACUGGAGGCAGAGGAGUAACUCACAUCCUCAAUCUAGUACUGAUGGGAUGCGCUCGAAAUCAGAGUGUCAAUCUUGCGGAAUCACUACGGAUCUUCAACAGUCUGACGGGUUCACAGCUCGGCGAGAGUAUUUUUGGUGCAGUGGUCGUUGCUCCGCCAUUUUCGAUCAGUGAGGACAGAAGUGCGCAGCAAUCGGAGCGCCAGCAAUUGGCAGGCGAGAAGGCGACGAAGGACGAGACGCGUGGUCGUGUGCAGGCGCGGCACGCAUUCAUGGCUCCGAACGAAGAAUCGCUCGUUCUGGUGCUCAAGAAAGUCAGACAUCCGCUCUUCCGUGCUUCGUGGACGCACAAGCUGGUAGCUGAGUUCGAGCGGCUGUUUGCUAAGGUCAAGCUUUCAGGUCGGACGUACCGGAUGAUCAUUGACAAAUGUGUCACUCCGGCUCCUGCUUGCUCACUGCCGGGCGAAUCGGAUGCGGUUGCGUCCACUGCGACAGUCGAGCCAUCGGCAGCUACGCCACGCUUCAUAGCCAGCGGCCGGCGCGGCCGGCGCUUGCGACAAAAAGCCAUGUCUGAUGUCAGCAGCUCGGCUCGCACCAAUCCCACCGCUGCACCAUUGCACGCCGAGCCACGACGCACGACUCGAGGAGCGAUUGUCAAGCAAUCCAUCCUCUCGCAGACGCUCGACCACAUCCUGCACCGCUUCAACCCAGACUCGCGCUCAUCACUCAGCUUCCACCUGAGCACCACCAACCGCCGCCGAUUCGAGCACACCCUGUUGCGCGCCAAACGCUCCCUGUUGUCCAAGAAAGACAAGCAUCUACAACGGCUACGCCUCGGCUCUGCUACCGCUCGCCUCCCUGCUGGUACAACAUCCCACCACUCACACGCAGUCUCGCAGAUCGACGCCCUCCUCCACCGUAUCGCCCAAGUCCAACGUCUCGGCCGCCAGCAAGAAGCUCACGCCAAGAAAAUGCCACACACCGCCGCCCACUCUGACACAGCCACCCAUCCACGCCAGACACUUGUGUAA